AUGUUCAUGUUGUUGCUGGUUUUAUGUUUUUUAUUUCUCUCAUUUGUUCUUUUAUUUUUUGCUUCACCAUCGUCUUGCAAACAAAAAAGAAAACCCAUGCACCUGUGUGCACACUUUGAGCUGCGAAGUAUCUUAAACACAAAUUGAAAGCAAUUCAUUCAGAGACGUCGAACGAAACGAACGUGUGCUUUUAAGCUGUCGCGGAAUAUAGCGCGUAGAUAAACUAACUUCUUGAUCGCAAACAAAAUGUGUUGUGUCUGUUCAGUGAGAAUGGUACUUGGCUCAUUUGGAAGCUUGAAGUGUGGUGUUUAAUGAUGAGAAAAACAUUUCCCUCAAACAAACAAACAAACAAAAAAGUCCUGAAUAUUACGUAUACGCCCGAGUGAUUAACUAAUUCAUGUUCUUGAACAUUCUCUUCUGUUAUUAUUAAAGUUAAAUUUUAAAAAACAAAACGUUCUUCUUCACAUGAUAAACAACAACUUUAAUAUUUUUGGACUCUUAUCUUUUUGCAAAAAGGUGUUUCGCUAUUAAGUUAUCGUGGCUUAAUAAUCCAUCCACAAAACUAGGGAUGAUCGACCGGGAACAUAGUUACUUUUUUUGUUUCUUCGUGCAUUAAAAUUUGUCAAAAUUCAUAUUUCAAUAAUUAUAUAAAAAAAGGGAGCAAACAAUUUAAAUAAAAUUGACUGCCAAAAUGUGUACGAAAAAUCAAAUCAAUAUCUUAAUGGAAAAAUUAAAUACGACUUUUCAAACCUGCCCUAUCAAUUGCACGGGCGACCCGGACACUAUUAGCACAGACAACGAAACACCUGCUCGAACAAGUCCUACUAAACGCCAAGCUCCACAGCCACCACCAUCCUUGCAAGGUCAUCAACAAGGAGCUACAGUUACAAACUCAAAUUUUAUAUCAGAACAUCAAGAUUCAAGUUCACGGACCCAAUCGGACUCAUCGUCGUUUUAUACGAAUCUAGACUUUUCUACGCUACGUUCGCGUUUGCAGGAUUUUAAUUGUCUUAAUAGUUUACAACGUUACAUACACACAGAUGGUCGGGAUAAUAAAACAAAAGACGAUAGCAUUAGCUCCAGAAAUAAUUACGCAAGUAAUAUCCUAGAGUACAAUUACGAACAGACCGAUCCAAACCAUCACAAAGAAACACCAUUGCAUAAGUUUUAUCGAGCACAACAGCAGAAAAAGAUGCCGGCGUUUCGAGGAAAACGCGGCUGGUGUGGCUGUUUUCAGGAUGACGAACCACCUGAAAUAUGUGUUGUUGAAGGUGCCUUUACACUUCAAACUCUAACACCAACGCAACCAAUGCCAUCAGUGGAUGAGCUGGAUACGAAAUUCGCUGAACUUGUUGAAGAACUCGAUCUUACAGCUCCAAAUAAGGAGGCAAUGUUGAGUCUACCGCCUCAAAAAAAAUGGCAAAUCUAUUGUUCACGAAAAAAUCCGCUCGAUACUGUGGACGGCAAUCCAACAGCUAUCACUGUCCCACCAACGGCAGAUCAUUACAUAGAACGUCUCAAGGAUAUCGUCAUUCAUAUUUCUCUAAACCCGGAGGACUCCCCGUGCCAUGAAUAUAGUUCAAGAAUUGAGCCGCAUACGGCAUUUUUGGACGCUCUCAAGACUGCUUUGCGUACAUCUGCGCACAGCUUUGUGUUGCGCUUUGUUGAAUUGCAAGGAUUACCAGCUUUAUUGAACCUCCUACAGAACUUGGAUAUUCGUGUGGCGAAUAGUUCGUUGCAUACUAGUCUCAUUGGAUGCAUUAAGGCUCUGAUGAAUAAUUCCACGGGUCGUGCACAUGUGUUAGCCCAUCCAACCAGUAUUGAUACAAUUGCGCGUUCCUUAGCGGCAGAUAAUAUUAAAACCAAAGUAGCAGCAUUGGAAAUUCUUGGAGCAGUAUGUUUGGUUCCCGGUGGUCACAAAAAAGUCUUAACAGCGAUGCUUAAUUUUCAAGAAUUUGCAGCAGAACGUACAAGAUUUCAAAGUAUUUUAAACGACUUGGACCGAUCUACGGGAGCUUACCGUGACGAUGUGAAUCUCAAAACUGCCAUUAUGUCAUUCAUCAAUGCCGUUCUCAACUAUGGGCCAGGACAAGAGAAUCUUGAAUUCAGAUUACAUUUACGAUAUGAAUUCUUGAUGUUGGGCAUUCAGCCAGUUAUUGAUAAAUUGAGAAAGCACGAAAACGAAACUUUGGAUAGGCAUUUGGACUUUUUUGAAAUGGUUCGAGCCGAAGAUGAAAAGGAAUUAGCAAGAAAAUUCAAUCAUGAACAUGUCGAUACUAAAAGUGCAACAACCAUGUUUGAUUUUUUAAGAAGAAAACUAAGUCAUUCACCAGCUUAUCCACAUUUGCUGUCCCUGCUGCAACAUUUUCUUUUACUGCCAUAUACCGGUCACUGUACUCAACAUUGGUUGAUGUUUGACCGAAUCGUUCAACAAAUUGUUUUACAAACUGAAGAACGACCAAGGAGUGAUAUCGAUCCUGAUGAUGUUAGCAAAGAAAAUUUCCAGUCACUCAUUCAAGACCCAGAUUGCUCACCUAUACAAAUAAAUGUAAAGGAAAUUGUUCAAUUGCUGGUAAAAGAAGAACAGCUAACAGCUGCAAGGAAACGCGCCGAUGAACUGGAAAGGGAAAAUUUUGAGGUUCAAUCACGCUUAGCAAAAAAGGAACAAGAACUCGACUUACGAAUGCAGGAGAAGGAAGAUCUAGAAACAAGUUUGGCCCGUAUGCGAGAGCGUUUGGAAAAAGAAAGCGCAAACCACUCGCAAGCGGUACAACGGGCUCAAAAUGCAGAAAUGAAGGCUGAAGACUUGCAACAUCGCCUAUUAAAUGAACAGCAGGAGAGAACAAGAUUGGAAAGACUCGUUACGGAAGGAAGUAUUCCAGACGAUCAGAAGGUUGCCGGGCUAACUGGAUGUAAUGGAGCUGUCUCACCACCGCCCCCACCAGCACCAAAGUUCAUACCACCUCCGCCACCACCAAUGGCUGCAGCGCCACCUCCACCACCAUGCCCAGGUGCCCCACCACCACCAAUGGUUACACAGGCUCCCCCAGUGCCAAAAAUUGAGGUUGCAAAGAAAAAUGUUCCGCAGCCGGCAAACCCAUUGAAAAGUUUCAAUUGGUCAAAGCUUCCUGAUGCCAAAGUACAAGGUACCGUGUGGAGUGAACUUGAUGAAUCUAAAUGGUAUACCAAUAUGGAGCUAGAUUGCAUAGAUAAGUUGUUCUCUGCAUAUCAGAAAAAUGGUGUAACAAAUGAUGGUUCUAUUGAAGAUCUAAGAAUGAUGGGAAAAACCAGGACGAAAAUUCUUUCUGUGAUUGAUGGACGACGUGCACAAAACUGCACGAUAUUGCUUUCCAAACUCAAAAUGACUGAUGAAGAAAUUUCAAAGGCGAUUCUUUCGAUGGACUGCAGUGAACAGUUGCCAAUCGAUAUGGUUGAACAACUUUUGAAAUUCACUCCAUCGGCUGAGGAACGCGCACUGCUAGAUGAGCAUAGUGAGGAUAUUGAAUCAUUAGCAAGAGCCGAUCGAUUCCUUUACGAAAUUUCAAAGAUUCCACACUAUGAGCAGCGACUUAAGAGUCUCCACUACAAGAAGCGUUUUAUGAUCACCGUAAAUGAUUUAAUACCCCGGAUAACAAGUGUUAUGGAAGCAUCGCGAGAAGUGGCGCGAUCAAGACGUCUCCGUAAACUGCUCGAAUUAGUUCUAGCAUUAGGCAACUAUAUGAAUCGUGGCGCUCGUGGAAAUGCUUCAGGAUUCCGCUUAGCAUCUCUAAAUCGAUUAGCUGACACCAAAUCAAGUGCUGCCAAAGGAACCACUCUCCUUCACUAUCUUGUGCAGGUUAUUGAUAAGAAAUUCAGAGAUCUUCUCAAAUUGGAAGAAGACAUCCCACAUGUUCGAGUAGCUUGUAAAGUCUCCCUUGGCGAAAUGGAUAAAGAUAUCCAAAUGCUGCGAACAGGUCUAACUGAAGUUUCUCGAGAAAUCGAAUUUCAUCGCAGUUCAGGUCCCGCUCAACAAGGUGACCGUUUCUUACCAGUGAUGCGAGAAUUCCAUGCGCAAGCUUCAGUACGAUUUGCCGAGCUAGAAGAUCAAUUCCAGGACAUGAAGACCCGGUUCGAUCGCGCCGUAAGACUGUUCGGCGAAGAUGGCUCUGUUGUGCAGCCCGACGAGUUCUUCGGAAUAUUCGAUGCUUUUCUAACGGCUUUCUCUGAAGCCCGCCAAGAUAAUGAAAAUUAUCGCAAACGCCAAGAAGAAGAAGAAAAACGUGCUAAGCAAGAAGCUGAGCUAAAAAAGAGAACCAUAGAACGCAAAAAUAAAGAAGGGCUAAUGAGUUCGGUAGCAAGGAAUCUAGGUUUUAAGUCAAGCUCAAACGGGAAAGACGCCUCACCGGUAAAAGGUGACAACAAGGGAGAGUUUGAUGACUUAAUCUCAGCCUUGCGAACUGGAGAUGUAUUCGGAGAAGAUAUGGCCAAAUUUAAAAGAUCUCGCAAGACACGUUUGGGAAAUGGCAGUACUUCACCACCGAGACACAGUCUACACCGAGAAGAGAGUCGCGAGAGAACUGUACGUCGACAGUAACGAAUCUUAGAUUGUUAGAUUAUUAGAUAAAUAAGUUCGUCUUAAUACAUUUAUACUUCGUGUGUAGUAUUUUGUACUCUUGAUAUAGAUUUACACUUAAACGUCAUUGGAACGUUGAAUUAUUUAUUAUUGAUGAUGGAGUUGUUUUUAUAUAUGUGCGAACACCAAAAUGGACUUGGUCCUAAAAUAACAGCUGUUAUUGUUAUUUCAUAAAAAAAAAGAAUUAAAUUGAUAAAUCCUUGAACCUACACGAAUUUUCUAAAUUAUUUGAUGUAUAUACUUCGGUUUAUGAACAGCUUAUUUAAAUCUUUGUAUAAUUUACUUACGUAGUUUUAAUAAUAUGAAUAAUUAUUGUACCUUCAAAAAGAAUAUUAUAUUACUUAUUAAAUCCUUGUUGAAAAUAUUAGUCUUUUCAAAUUUUUGAAAAGAGAGAUUUUAAUCGAACGGAAACAGAAUCCCAUUUUUGUUUUACUUAUUUAAAAUUCUUUGAUAAGUAAACAAAAAAAUUUUAAAAUUAAAAGAACCAAGAAUUAUUGCAAUACAAUUUUAUUAGAAUGGAAUUAUGUAUUAU